GUGUCGUCAGAUUGCAGUCUGCAGAGCGAGCCACCGAAGUUGAGGAAGGGACCUAUUGAGCUAGCUUGUUUUUUUAAGUUUAGCGUUGUUGGGCAGCAAUAAUGGUUGAUAAGAUGGAUAUGUCUUUAGACGACAUUAUCAAGCAGAACAGGCGAGGUGGCGGAGGCCGCGGAGGAAGAGGCCGUGGCCGCGGAGGCUCUGGCGGCGCCCGCGGAGGCGCUGGGCGUCUUGGAGGUGGAGGCGGCGGAGGAUUUGGAGGCCGAGGCGGCGGAUCCGGCCCCAUGAGGAACCGACAGAACCUGAGCCGCGCCCGGGGCAGACCAACGCCUUAUAGCAGGCCCAAACAGCUUCCAGACAAGUGGCAGCACGACAUGUAUGACAACAGCUUUGGCGGAUUCAAUGGAGCUGCUGGUGGCGGCGGUGCAGGCGUUGAAACGGGAGGAAAGCUUCUGGUCUCCAACCUCGACUUCGGUGUCUCAGAUGCAGAUAUUCAGGAGCUUUUCGCUGAAUUUGGAACCUUAAAAAAGGCUGCAGUUCAUUAUGACCGCUCCGGAAGAAGCUUGGGAACUGCUGAUGUUCACUUUGAAAGGAGGGCAGAUGCUCUGAAGGCAAUGAAGCAAUACAACGGAAUCCCACUUGAUGGCCGACCCAUGAACAUACAGCUCGUCACAUCACAGAUUGACACACAGAGGCGACCGAUGCAGGGUGUCAGUCGAGGAGGUGGCAUGAACAAAGGUCGCGGUGGAUUUGGUGGGAUGCAAAACAGGCGAGGAGGCAGAGGGGCCGGUGGUGCCAGAGGUCGGGGAAGGGGCGGCCGUGGCGGUGGAGGACCCAGCCGGCAACAGUUGUCAGCAGAAGAACUUGAUGCUCAGUUAGACGCCUACAAUGCCAGAAUGGACACGAGUUAAGCAGUGCUUCUCCUGUGAUUGUCCCCUCUCUGCACGAAGGGGCACUUGUUAAAUUGUGCAGAAUAUUUUACACAUGGUUGUCUGGUGUGAUUGCAAUUGUUCCGACCUCUUCUUUUAAAUGCUCCAAAGUGUUUUUUACCAGUAUUUUUGUUUCUCACGUGUUUUGGCAGUAGGUAAUUUGAAGCUGGGAAAACUCAGUUUAUCCUCACCCUGUAGUGAAAGACUUGUAAUAAAACCUGCUAAAUUGCCAA